AUGGCCACCAUACCUACCAGCUUCAUUUCCAAGAAGGAAAAAAUACUCAAGGACCUGUCUGUUCCCGAAGAAGAUUAUACAGAUUUAUCCCCCAAAGGCUCUGUGGACGUUGCAAUUAUACCACUCAUACGGGAUAUCAAUCGAUUGCCGGGCCUAGUGACGACGAGUAGCUGUGCUGGGCGCAUCAGCGUGUUCGUCGAAAGGGGGAAGUUAGGCAAGGCCAGGGCUGAUAAUGAUACCAUUGCAACCGAGAAAGCGCCAGAGGACCCUGAAGACGGCUCUCUAGAAGAUAAACUCGGUCAUGACAAGCGUCUAACGGCCGAAUAUGAGAAUAAAUUUGUUCCUAGAGGGGGAAAAGGCAGCGGAACAUGGCAGUUUGUCUCCCAUGACCCCCUGUUGGCUGAUGGGGUCAAUACAGAGAAGAGUUUUCAUGAGCUAUUUGGGCUGAAGCCUUCAGGGACUUCGAUGAGCCUAUGUAGAAAAGGCGAGAUACAGCUGAUCAAAUUUAAAUUUGAGCCUAUGAUCCUCCAUAUAAUGGCAGCAUCUCUGAGCCAUGCUCAGCCUGUCCUUGCUGCCGCUAGCAAUGCGGGCUUCAGAGAAAGUGGAAUCCAAGGACUUCGCUGCCUCGAGGACGCAGAUGCAUGUCCUAUUGUUGCCGUACGAUCUUCUGGUCUGGGUCUAGAAUCAAUCAUAGGCUAUAUUGAGGAUGACCGCUCUCUCGAACCUUCAGCUCGCAGUGUCGUGACUGAAGAGUAUCUGCAGUUACUUGUUCAAAUUUCUAAUGAACGGUUCAAAGUGAACACGGAGCGCACAGAAAGGUUUAGAAUGAAGCUGUUGCAUUUAGUCAGAGGACAGAACCCUGAUAGCCUUAAGCCUCAGUGGGAGGAUCCAAAAAUCAGGAGAGAAAGAAAGAGGGCGGAAGGACUGGAAAGGAGCAAAGCGGCGAGGAAAGCCGAAAAAGUAGAGAAUGCAACUUCAGAAACUCAUGAUGAAGACAUGAUAUUUGGAGUUCAUGCUCUGGGGUUAUCAUAG